GUCGGCUAAGGGAAAGGGUUGGACUACGCAGGCGCUUUGCUGGCGAAGAAGAGGCCGCCUGCGGAAAGGCUGCACUAGCGGCAGCUUGGCGUUGCGGAGGCGCUGAGCCUGGGGUUGGGGGUUUCAGCUUGUCUGCAUCAGGCGCCCUUGCUUCGUCCUUGCCUUUCCCCUUUAGACAUCGUCGCCGUCAUGCUCUGCCGGCUGGUCUACCGGGGCAGACAUGGCAUUAAACUGGUUGCACCUCUUGGAUGCCUGGGUUCCAGGCAAAAGCACACACUUCCCGACUUGCCUUACGAUUAUGGCGCCCUGACACCCCACAUCAGUGCAGAAAUCAUGCAGCUUCACCACAGCAAACAUCAUGCUACUUACGUGAAUAAUUUGAAUGUUGCAGAAGAAAAAUACAAAGAGGCCUUGGCUAAAGGUGAUAUUACAGCUCAGGUGUCUCUUCAGCCAGCUCUGAAGUUCAAUGGUGGAGGACACAUCAAUCACUCUAUCUUCUGGACAAACCUUUCUCCAAAUGGUGGAGGGGAGCCUAAAGGCGAGUUAUUGGACGCAAUUAAGCGAGAUUUUGGCUCCUUUGCGAACUUUAAGGAGAAAUUGACAGCUGUAUCAGUUGGUGUUCAGGGCUCAGGAUGGGGAUGGCUUGGUUUUAAUAAAGAACAAGGUCGAUUGCAGAUAGCUGCUUGUUCCAAUCAAGAUCCUCUCCAAGGAACCACUGGUCUUGUUCCGCUGCUAGGGAUUGAUGUGUGGGAGCAUGCCUAUUAUCUGCAGUAUAAAAAUGUCAGACCUGACUAUCUCAAAGCUAUCUGGAAUGUGAUCAACUGGGAUAAUGUAUCUUCAAGAUAUGCAGUUUGCAAAUAGUAGGGCAAGAACUGUGAUGUUGCCUGGAUAAUUUUUUUGCAGUAAUUUCUGACAGCUGACUUGCUAAUUUCUCCAUUGCUAAAAAUAUUUUAGCACAUCAAAAAACACAAAAAUUGUUUGCAGUCAAGCUAAAUGUUUGCCUGAAGGCUGAUAAGACUUUAGUUCUUGACAUGCUAUUUUUUGUUUAAAGACAGAGGUCCUUUAUGCAGUACUCUGAAAGAAUGCAGUUCUUAAAUAUCAGUAAGGGAUUAUGACUGAAGUUUUCCUCAAUUGUGUUAUGAUCAGUCAUUCAAGACUUUCCCCUGCAGUACAAAACAGAAAACUAGGUCUACCAGUUCAAAAGCAGAUUACAAGAAACAGUGGUAGUACCUAUUUAUUAAGUUUCAUGAAAAGCUGACUUCUGUGUCUUGAAGAGCAUGGCUAGCAGAGUUUAAACAAAAGGUAAUGCAUUGUAGUCUUCCCAAUGGCAGACAUUUGGCAAACAACUGCUAAUCACGACUAAAUUUGUACUAUAGGUUAUAGGUGCUUGAAGAGGAGGGGCUGCUUUUCAUGAAAUUGCUUGUCUUUCCAAAGAGAAAGAAAAAUAUCCUUUGGCAGUAGAUGUUGGGUAACAAAGCUGAAGAGAUUAAUUGCAUAAAUGUAUAGGAUAUUUGGUUUGUAAUAAAGAGUAUUUAAUGUCUAUUUUUGUCCUUAUGUUGUCGAAAAUGAGACCUAUCAAUUCAUUGGAACUUCUUUAUGAUACUAUUAUAAUGGUUGCUUAAAAAUAAAACCUUCUAGUAUUGGUCUAGUGGGCAAAUAUAUGGAAUUUCUGCCAUGCUUAUUGUGGAUGUCUACAACUAUGGAUUUUUUUACUGUGUAGGAUAAAGUAUGCCAUUAGUAUACUGGACUUUCAGGUGUACUAGGUUCAACUGACAUUUGAAAACCAAGGCUAUGCUGCAACAUAGGCUAUUGUGAUUAUGAGAAGUACACAAAAUGGAGAUGCAGUCUAACACCCUGAGUGAUAGCACUGAGCAAAGUUAAUUAUGUAAAGCAAUAGACUGAAUGUGGAUAUAUCUGCUUUGUAUGGUUAAGAGGAGUGUUCCUGGGGUGAAAUUCAGGAUGGGUCUGGCCUACCUUGUGUUUGAAGUAUGUAUCCAUCCAGACUAGUUUUCUCUCUGUCUUCUUUUACCUGUGCUACCCUAACAGAAAACAAUAGAAAUAUGUAAAAAAAAAAUCAUGUCAGGGUUUAAAAAUGUUUUAAUAAAAAUGCCUUGUUUUA